AUGUCCCAAAACACCACAAACGGGACCGUGGCCAUAAAGCUCGAAGACGAGCAACAGCCUACACUGAACCAGCAAUUUCAAUCUAUAGACUGGGACUCGGAGCGACAACUCAUUUCGUCCCUAGCAAAGCUGCAGGAACUUGAAUCCAAGGUCCGCCCUUCUCCGCUCCCCAUAUUCUCUCCGCUCCACCAUUCACAAAUACUAAGCACGAUCUUGUGGUGUAUACAGAUCCACGAACUCCGCACCCUCUUACCAGAUAGACUCCUCUCCCCCUUGAAUCCAAUUGUCAACCCGCGCCUCCUCAACUCACCUUCACCUUCCUCAACCCCAAUACCGCGCAAUCCGCAAGCCCUGAGCGCCGCACUCCGCAAAUCCGCAAUCGAAGGCGUCGCCGAGAUCAAUGACUUUAAGAGCUUAUGGAACAGCGCCGAUAUGCAAGCCAUUUGGGGCAAAGUAGAUGAGAAGUUGGCCGAGACGAAAGGCGCGUUUCCGCAGGAAGGGGCGGCGGGGAUGUGGAGGGUUGAAUAUGAUGAGGUGUUGAGGGGGAUGGAUCUGGAAGAACAGAAACAUGAUGGAGCAGGGGUGGUGCAGAUGGAGGUAGAGGUGGAUGAUGGUGAGGCGCAGUUCCCGUCGUCCAUAUACGGAUCAAAAGAGGAAACAGCCUCGCCCAAAUCGGUUGUAGAGUCCUUUCAGGCUAGACAGGUCCCGGGGUUCAGGGUCGCGAGUACAAGGAACGAAUCCACGAUCAUCGUCUCGCUUGGAUUAGCGGGCCUCGCAUUCGAGAUUCAAGAAGCGCUCACCACUGAGAGUACUGCCACUCCAUCCACCACCAGCACCACCACUACCAGCAAUGCUACAAACAAGACAUCCCUCCCAGAAUGGCGCGUCUCAACCCGUCAACACUCAAAAACCGCCUUAUCAGGAACAGUUACCAGCCGCCUCGAAUCCGCAAUCGUGGCCCAACUCAACUCCAGGCCACGGAAAUGGGAUUUGCGAUUCUUACUCGUUCGUCCCCUCCCAUCAAUUAUUUGA